AUGAGUAAUCCGAUUGGAGAUAAUGCACAAUCUGCUCAAGAUGAAAAGGACCAUGAAGGUGAGUUGCUCUGCUUGAAGAUUAAAGCCCAGUUGGAGGAUUUGCUCUCCGACAGCCACCUGGCAGAGGACGGCUUCCUGCUGAAGCAUGUGCUGAAGAACAAGCAGGGCUACGUCAGUCUCAAGCUCCUCACUUGCUUGAGAAAGAUAAAGGUCCUGACCACAGACUGGCACAUAACUCUAGCAGCAGCAUUGUGCUCAGAAACUCUGGAGGUGAAUGAUGAAUGCACCAAAGUGAGGCGGAGAGAGCCGCUUCCCAAGUGGCUGCUGUGUUCCCCCACCAGCAAGCUUCUCCUCGCCUGGAACUUUACUGUGGAGGAAGCUGGAGAAGACGCAGCUGCCCGAGGCCUGGAGCACCCUUCUCUCGCAGAGAGGGCUCUCCAAAAGUUCAGUGCUCAUGGCAGCGUUACUUCACUCUGGAUCCUGCGUCCUGGCAAAGAGCUCCCCAUGGAGCUGCAGUGCUACACCAAGCGUCACAAAGAGCUCAGCCAACACUUGUGUGCAGUGGUGAAGUUUGAUCAUUUGGAGGAAGUUCGUAAAGCCUACAAUGCCCUGAAAGCAGAAGAGGAGGAGUCUAACAGUGAGGGCAUGCGUGUGGUAUGUUUGGGAUUCCAGUCAAUGCACCAUGUCACCAAAGAUGAACCAGCAGAGGAAAACAAUGAGGACCAAUCUGGGGACACACCUUCCCAGGAAAAUCCACUGGAAACCUCAGAGGAUUCAUUCCAGGAGGAACCCUCUUCGCCAGUUAAACUUUCUGACGAGACUCCAGACACAUCUCAGCCCCAAAAGCCCUCCGAUAAUUCCAUGCGAAGAACCUCUGAGCAGAUCUCCACCAGCUGUAAUAACCAGCCCUUCUCCUGUUUGAAUCAGAGGUACAGUAAGAAGAGCUGGUGCUCUGGAGACUGUGAUAUAGAGAAUUCUCAGAGCCCAUGGGUGCUGAGGCGCAGAAAUGCAGCCGGUGCUGGGCACAUGCACGCGCCUGUCUUGAUGCAGAGAGUGCUGCGUCAGCCCUUCGGCCCUGAUGGCACCAGGGGCUUUCGGGCCAGACUGAAGCUGCUGUAG